GUUUCUAAAAACUUUGAUUUCUAUCUUGCUUUGUUAUAAAAUUGAAUUUCACAGUUGAAAAUAUAAACUAUUAUAAAUGGUAAUUGAAUGGUAAUUGAAUGGAAAAUUUAUUUUAUAUAGUAAAAUUAACUAUUCAUUAGUUAACGUGAUCAAACAACCCAAUUUAUAUAAAACAUUAUAUGCAUUUAUUGAAAUAAAUAAAUUAGUAAUUUUACGAAUACUCUUCAGCUGAACAAAAUGUUUUCUAACUUAUCGAUUGAUUGUAAAGUGUUACAUCGUGAAUUCUUAGAGAAGUGUAGAAAUCUGCUUGAUAAAACGAUAUUGACUAUCGAACAAUUUUAUUGCGUGAUAUUAAAUGUAUUUUAAAAUGUUACAACCCACUAUCAAUCGGACAUGAAUUACUUAUAUUUAAUAUAGAUACAUUAUAUAAUAUAUGAAUUUACUUUUACUAAAUUCCAUUCGUUUGAAGAGUGGAGAGUCGCUCUCGAAAAUUAUAGUGUAAAUCGAACUGGUUCUAGCUUUAUACGAUAUAUUUGGGUAUUCAUUCUACUUCGACGCGCAGUUGAUAGCAUAUCAAUCGGCGAUCGUUAAUCGUAGCAUAGUUCUGUUCUUAUAUUUUACUAUUUUUUGAGUUUAUGUGAAGUCUGUGCACGAUGUUCGCAAAAGUGUUGAUAUUGAUAGCUUUGAGCAUCUGCAGUUGUAAUGCUUUCACCGCCAGGCAAUUGGUUUAUCCUGGACAAGAUGAACUUUUUCAACUGACCAUCGCCCACAUGAAUGAUUUUCACGCGAGGUUUGUUCAAACUGGUCGUUGUAAUGUUGGCGACGAAGAUUGCUACGGAGGUUUGGCCCGGCUCAUGACCGCCGUCAAACAAAUCAAAUUAGAGCAGUCGAAUACGAUUUAUCUCAACGCUGGUGAUAACUAUCAAGGGACCCUAUGGUACAACUUGUUCAAAGGCAAUGCGACUGUACAUUUUAUGAAUAAGUUUCCGCAUGAUGCUAUGGCGAUCGGUAAUCAUGAUUUCGACGAUGGAGUGUCUGGACUCGUCUAUUUUCUUGAAAGAUUCAAUGCACCCGUUGUCGCUGCUAAUAUCGAUUCUAGUGAAGAGCCAAGUAUGCAGGGAUUGUAUCGUAACAGUACGAUUAUCGAAAGAUCCGGAAAAAAAAUUGGAAUCAUCGGCGUGAGUCAUGAAGAGACAAAGACCCUGUCGCAAACAGGCAAGGUUAAAUUUUUAGAUGCAGCUAGAUCGAUCAAUUUGGAAGCAGAAAAAUUGAAAAAGCAAGGAAUCGAUAUCAUUAUCGUAUUGAGCCACGUCGGCCUCGAAAACGAUCGUAAACUAGCUCGAAAUUGUCCGGACGUCGAUGUUAUCGUCGGUGGUCAUUCGCAUACUUUCCUUUACACAGGUAAGCCACCUUUCAACAACGAUGAACCCGCCGACGAUUACCCAGUAGUAGUGCAACAGGAAGACUCCAAAAGGACUGUGCUGAUCGUUCAAGCUGGAGCAUACACCAAAUACCUCGGAAAUCUCACCGUGUGGUUCGAUAGUAAGGGAGAAGUGGCCGACUGGGAGGGAGCUCCAAUUUACUUAGAUAGCUCCAUCGAGCAAGAUGAAAAAAUGCUGAAAGAUUUGAAGCCUUGGGCCGAUAUCGUCGAGCAACACGGCAAUGCAGUGGUCGGCACGAGCAGGACUACUCUCAGUAAGGAGUGUUUGUACGUCGGAGAUUGUGCCGUGGCCAAUCUGGUGACCGACAGCUUCGUUCACGCAUUCCGCAAGUUCAGUGAAUCCCCGAAACACUGGACAUAUGCAGCAAUUGCCUUCGUCAAUUCCGGUGGCGUUAGAAAUCAGUUGCCGGCGGGUAACAUCAGCUACGCCGAUGCGAUAUCAAUCUUGCCUUUCGAAGAUGAUUUAGUCGUUGUUGAAUUACCUGGAAGGAAAAUACGCAGAAUUAUUGAAAAAGGCUUAAUUAGGAAUAUAGUUAAAGGUAAAACGCAGGUACGCCUCUACUCACAUCUGUCAGGAAUACGUUUUAGUUACGAUCUGAUUAAGCCUGCAAAAUCAUGUACCACGCAUAUUCUUGUUCAAUGCCAAGCUUGUGAUAAGCCAGUAUAUGAACCUUUGGACGAGGACAAAAUCUACAGAAUGAUCUUACGUAAAUAUCUUGCAAUUCAUCCACUUUUUGCCGAAGAAAUCACUGUACCACUCAAAUCUUUCAAUAUUCGAGGUGUCGAUGCUUUGACCGAUUACAUGAAAUCAAUAUCUCCUUUCUCGUACGAAGCUGAUCAGCGAGUAACUCUUGAUUUGGAGUGUUAUAAAUAACGAAUAAAAAAUAAAAUUAAAAUCGUAUUAUGUAAAUCAUCGAGGAAAAAAGUUAAAAGUAAGGGUAUUGUACGAUAAUGAAAUUAAAAAUCUCGCGAUAAAUUAUUAAGAGAGCGCCAAAGACUGUGUUAACAUAAAAAUGUUUGUUUAGAGAAUUUUCAUUAAAAAACUUUUUAAUAUGCUGAA